UAACAAUCCUCUGGCUAGAAAGUAUAGCUGAAGAAUAAAAUUUCAAGAAGAAAUUUUUGUUUUUUAAGCAACAAAAUUAAUAUACCGAAUAUUGGACUAAAAAAAUUUAUUAAAAUAAAAAAAAAAUAAAAAUUAAUAUAAUUAAUUGCAAGAUUAAUUACAAAUAAUUAUAAAAUUAUUGUAAUUAUUGGUGAAAAGUGUAAAUAAAAAAUUAAAAAAAAGUUAAUUAAAAAUUAAAGAGAGAGAGAAGCUAUUUGGCCCAAAAGAGUGUUAUAAUUCAAAAGUGUUGUCUUAACUGAAUUUCGUUUAUUAUUUUGACAAAAAUAAAUUAUAAUUAAAAUUAAUUAUAAUUUUUUAAGAAAUAAUUAAUAAAAAAAUUAAUUUUUUAUUUUCCAAAAAAAAAAAAAUUUAAUUAAGAAAAUUAAGACUUGGGAAGACUUGUGCUUCGAAAGUAAAGAGUUUUAUUAACUGAUUUUCAAAAGAUUAUCAAAGGCUUCAAACAUUAAUAAUCAAUUUUAAUUUUAUUGAUCAACAGAAAAACAAAUAAAUUCAAUAAAAUAAUGAAAAUGUAUACGGCAACUAUUUCAUCAUUAAUAUUUUUCAUAAUAUUUUGGAUAUCAUUAGUUAUGGGAAAUGAAUAUGAUCAUGAUCCAACAACACAAGAAUUAGCAAAUGUUUUACUCGGAUAUGAUUUAGAUGGUAAUGAAGCUGAUAAUGAUAUAUCAAGUGAUGUAGAUAAACGUUCAGAUAGAUAUGCAUUCGGUUUGGGACGACGUGCAUAUCAUUAUACAUCUGGUUUAUCUGGUGUUAAACGUCUUCCAAUAUAUAAUUUUGGAUUGGGAAAACGUGCUAGACCUUAUUCAUUUGGUUUGGGUAAACGUACAUAUAAUAAAGAUGAUGAUACAAAUAUGUUAUUAGAAGCAACUGGUGAACAAAUUUAUGGACAACCAUCUUCAUUUCCAAGAAAUCAAAGGAAUCGACCAUACAGUUUUGGACUUGGUAAACGUUCUUCACCCGAUAAUUUAAUGUAUGCUAUGGAAAGAAGAAUACCACAAGGAAACUUAUACAAUUUUGGUUUAGGAAAGAGAUCUCCAUCAACAUCUGAUAAUGAAUUGAAUGAACAUGAUCAUAAAGUUCAGAAACGAGAGACAAAAGGAACACAAAUACGAAAUUUUGAUUUUGGAUUGGGAAAACGUUAAAAAUAUUAAACACAAAAAAAAAAUAAUAAAAAUUAAUUAUUCUUUUAACUCUUUUUUUCAAAAUUUUAUUUUAAUUUUCAAAUAAACUAUAACACAAAUUGCUCAAUUAAAAAGAAACUACGAAACCCAAUUAACUUUAAAAGCUAAAAGAAAAGUUCAAUUAUAGUGUUAAAAACAAAAAAUGCAUAACAACAAUUUAAAAAAAAACAUAAAAGAUAAAGACAACUUUAAAAAUUACAUUAUAUUAUACAUAUACCAAAAUAUAUAAUAAAAUAAAUUCAAUAUUAAAAAAUUGUAAAAAAAAUAUAUUUAAUAUAAAACAAAAAUUAAACAAAAAUUAAUUUACAUUAUGUAUAUAUAUAUAUAGAUAAAUAAAUUAACCAAUAAUAUUAAAUGGAAUGAAAUGAUUUCUUCCAGCAAAAUCAUUUUAUUUUAUUUAAAAUUUUUUAACAUGUAAUUUAAUGCUUUCUUCUGAUUUUAGAACACAUAAAUUGAAAGUUUACAUAAUAAUAUGUAUGUAUGCAUGUACAAAGAUUCGGGUGUUUGUUAAUAAUAUAUAAUUUAUGUAUAAAUAAUAAUAGUGUAGAGUAGAAAAUUAUAUUUAUUAUGAUUUAUAUGGAAUUAUGACAAGCACACAUAAAUUCAAGUCCCCCUAUAUAUCAAUCAAGAUGAAAUACAAAAAUAUGUACAUGCAAUAAGACUCAAAUUUGCAAAUCAAUAUCCCUGUGUAGCUUAAAAUACCAAAUAUAUUCCAUAUUUUUGGUGUCCCAUUUGGAAAAUUUUCAUUCAUGCAAAGAAAUAUAAAAAUAAUUUGACUAAUAAAAUGAUUUUCAGCUCAUCUGAAUUGGUUUCCAACUCGUAUUAUAAGUAUGUAGUAUGUACAAAUUUAAUUUUCAUAAUUUUUAUAAAAAAUUUA